UGCCCAACUUUCACGCGGCGUGCACGGUGAAUGCACCAUGUCCUCCUCCGACGGCAUGACGUGCACUUCGGACGGCGACGCCGCAGCUUGUCACCGGCGACGGUGCAGCGGCUUGACCGGUUGCGCGCUUCUCGCUUCCGAAGCGGCGGCCCACGUCGCCAGGCUGUGCCGUUCCAACCCGCGACUGCUGUCCAUGCUUAUCCAGGAGAAAUGCGGCGACGACGCCAAUAGCAGCCGGUUCGCGCAUGACUUCAAGACGCUGGCCGACGUGCUGGUACAGCGAUUGGUCGCGAAACGCAUCGGCCGACAGUUUCCAGAACUCGAAGGGAGCGUGUAUGGUGAAGAAAACGAUACAAUCCAAAACAAUAAAGGUCAAGACGUCACCAUACAAGUCGGAGAGACAGUUGAAGAGACAUUUCAGUGUUUGUCGAAAGCUUUGGGCGACGAUUUGGACUCUGCCAAGAGCUUAGCCGAAGCCGCUCACAAAGAAUUCGGAUCGAAAGAUCUCAACGUCGACUGUUAUCCGCUCGAAGAGGAAAAUCUCGAUUUGGAAAAAAUCGGUAUAUGGAUCGAUCCUAUUGAUUCAACAAACGAAUACAUAAAUGGAAAUGUCAAUACCAUAAAUGAAUACGGAUUUCACUCUAGCGGACUUCAUUGUGUUACGAUUAAUAUUGGUUUAUUCGACAAGCACAGUGGAAAACCAAUUGCCGGCGUUAUCAAUCAACCGUUUUUCGAAUUCGACCCCGUCAAAGGGUGGAGUGGAAGAUGUUACUGGGCUUAUUGCGACGGUCAGAAAAGUUUAAAUUCAUUGCCAGAAAUCAUUAGCUGCAAUCAGGAGUUGGUGGUGACAAGCAACAGCGAAACGGACGAGGCCAAGGCGGCGCUACAGCGGUCGGGUUACACGGUGGCCACGGCGUCCGGGGCCGGUUACAAGAUGCUAUGCGUGGCGCUAGGCGUCGUUAAGUGCUACGCACUGACCAAGGACUCGACGUACGAGUGGGACACGUGCGCCGCGCACUCAAUGCUCGCGUCCCAGGGAGGCACGGCCUGUCACUGUCGUACAGCCGACGGGCCACUAACGUACCGGCCCAAGAUUGCGGGUGGCGGCGUACGGGCCCACUGCAACGCGGCCGGUGUAAUCGCUUCGCGCGACCCGCAAACCGUGGACCGAGUGCACGCGGUUCUGCAGUCAUCGAUGCGCCUGCAGCACUGCAGCAGUUGAUGCGCUUUUGUUGGGUUGUGUUGAAACUGUACAUAAUAUUAUAAUAACGAUAAAUGAUGUAUAGUAGUGUAAGUAUGCCAGUAUAGGACGUACUCUCUCGUUUCCGUUUA